UCCGGCAACGUGAGGCCCAUUUCGUAGUGGUUGCCAUCUCAUUCCAAGGAAAGAAACAAAUAAUUGAAGUUACAAAACCAUCGGGAGGAGCCCAAAUGUCAACAAUUAUCUUAACCUGGUUAAAAAAACUCCAAAGCAGGUGCAUUUCCCACGUACAUCCGAGAUCCCUGCCAACCAAAUUAAUAAAAAAGUAAUUGGAUCCCAUUUUGACAAAAUAGUUUGAUAAGGCGUGUAAGCCGUGUACCCAAUUCAGAUCCGUCCCGCCAGGCUCCCUCCGUCUUUUGAAUCUAUCGUCGUAGCCUUAGGGAUGGCCUCGAAAAAUGUGUCGUCCUGAUUUACAAUCUUAAGUUUGGUUUAGUUUUGUUUACCUCUCCUCUUCUAAUACCCAUUUGCUUGGUCAUUGCCCAAUACCAAAGACCUUUGACAAAUAUUCGGUCUUGGAAUUCAGACACGGAAAUUUUGGCCUGGUCAUCCUUGCCCAUUUCAGAUGAGUAAACCAAAGCUUGGGUAUCAAGAAAUUCUCAGUUUUUGUGCUGAUAUUGUCUCCAAAACCAAUACCCACAUGGAAUAAUAUGAGUGUUAUGCUCUGCCAUAUAAGUAUUGAUGGGAAACUGUUUUGGUAGAGACGAAUCCCCUCGGAGCAAAGUCUCCUCACACAGGCAAGGAUGCGAUCAUCCCCAAAUCAUCUCUGGAAAAGACGCCAUGCUUCCAAGGGGGUCGUGUGGUUUCGAAAGGUAUAAAUCACGCACACCGAGGGAAGUACGGGAGAAGGAGGCGACGAGGAGAAAAUCGCAAGGAGGAUUUGCAAACAGUGGGUUCUACUAUGUAGCAGAAUUCACAAUACAGCCACAGUCACCAGAAAAAGUGAAAAAGAGUACUUCAAUUGCAUCAGAAACUAGCAAUGGAGGAAGCAUUCCUCCAACUCCUAGGGGCGUAGAAGAUCUAAGGCAGAAUUCUGGUUCAAAUGUACUUGUAUUUACGUACAAUGAAUUAAAGCUCUCUACAAAAAAUUUUCGUUCUGACCAUGUGCUUGGUCAGGGAGGAUUUGGCAUUGUCUACAAAGGGCACAUAGAUGAGAAUGUCAGACCAGGUCUCAAAGCUCUUUCUGUAGCAGUUAAGGUUCUCAAUCAAGAGGGUCUUCAGGGGCACAGAGAAUGGCUGGCAGAGGUCAUCUUUCUGGGGCAGUUAAGCUACCCACACUUGGUGAAACUUAUAGGCUACUGUUGUGAGGAUGAACACAGGUGUCUGGUCUAUGAGUAUAUGUCUCGUGGCAGUCUGGAAAACCAUCUAUUCCGAAAAGUAUGCGUUGCCAUACCUUGGUCGGUAAGAAUGAAAAUUGCACUAGGGGCUGCCAAAGGGCUUGCUUUUCUUCAUGGACUGGAAAGGCAAGUUAUUUAUCGCGACUUCAAGACUUCCAAUAUUUUAUUGGACUCGGAUUAUACAGCCAAGCUUUCUGAUUUUGGACUUGCAAAAGAUGGUCCUGAGGGAGACCAGACUCAUGUUUCCACUCGUGUGAUGGGCACAUAUGGUUAUGCAGCUCCUGAGUAUGUAAUGACUGGUCACCUAACAGCUAGAAGUGAUGUCUAUGGCUUUGGUGUUGUAUUACUGGAGUUGCUUCUUGGGAGGCCAUCCAUGGAUAAGACAAGACCAAGCAGAGAGUAUAACCUGGUAGAGUGGGCUCGACCUCUUCUGAACAAUAACAAGAAACUGCUUAGAAUUAUAGAUCCAAGGUUGGAAGGACAGUACUCUGUGAAGGGUGCACAGAAAGCUGCUAGCUUGGCCUAUCAAUGUCUUAGUCAAAAUCCUAAAGGUAGGCCUGCAAUGAGUUUUGUUGUUGAGCAAUUAGAAUCUUUGCAAAACACAAUGGGCUUGGCAGAUGCAUCUUUCACUUAUACUGUAAGCAGUGGGGUGACUAUUUAUGAAGUUCACAAUCAGCCAGCAAUAAAUGGUGGCAAAGCCAAUGAUUCUCCGAGUGACAAAAAGUUACCCUCUCAGAAAGCGACGGCCAAAAGAUUAGUCAACAAUGAAUCUGAUUUGUACAGUCAAUCUCCCUAGCGUCAUGGUAGAGGUGUAAAAUUUUGGAGUUGGGAGAUUGGAACAUUUUUGCUACUACGUAGGUUUGUGUCUGCAUCUUCCAACUAUUGAAGAUGCCCUCCAUUUUGGAAGUAUAACAGCACAGGACCAAUCCUAGCUUCUGUUUUUUGUCACUCCUGCUGGAUGUAUUGAAGAAAGCCAUGUUUCAAGAUUUAGAUUAGUGGGUAAAUUCUCAUGCUUGUUCGCUAGGAAUUUUGGGUGGCAUUUCAUGUGGUGUUUAAUAUAAAAUGUGUAUUUUUUAUUGGAAAA